AUGAAGUGGUUUGUUUUACUACUUCUGUAUACAAAUCUAAUAAAACAAGGCCAAAGUAAAAAUGAUCAAAAUUUCCCUUUUCGAAAUAUUUCUCUUGACUGGUCAGUACGAGUUGAUGAUCUUGUAUCACGACUUACUCCACAUGAAAUCAUUGAUCAAAUGGCAUAUGGAGGUGGCUGGAACGAAGGUGUCACACCUCCUAUAGCACGAUUGAAUAUUAAACCUUAUUCAUGGGGUACUGAAUGUUUACGCGGUGAUGUCAGUGAAAAUUCGACAGGAUUUCCACAAGCAAUUAAUCUUGCAUCAACAUGGAAUAAACAAUUAGUAAAAGCUGUAGCAAAUGCAACAGCUUAUGAAGUUCAUGCACACUAUAAUCGUUAUCAACAAGAAGGUCUAUAUGGUGUGCAUCGUGGUUUGAGUUGUUUUUCACCAGUUAUUAAUAUAAUGCGGCAUCCAUUAUGGGGUCGAAAUCAAGAAACUUACGGUGAAUGCCCUUAUCUAUCAGGAAUGUUUGCUAUUCAUUUUGUUCGUGGUCUUCAAGGACCCUCCUCGGCACGUUAUCUCAAUACAAAUGCAGGCUGUAAACAUUUUGAUGUACAUAAUGGACCAGAAAACAUUCCUGAAUCACGGUUUUCAUUUGAUGCACAUUUGUCAGAAUUUGAUUGGCGUUCAACAUUUCUUCCAGCAUUUCAUGCUUGUGUAAAUGCAGGUAGCUAUGGUAUAAUGUGUUCAUAUAAUUCUAUAAAUGGAAUUCCAUCAUGUGCAAAUAAUCGCCUAUUAACUGAUAUACUUCGUACGGGCAUGAAUUUUACGGGUUAUGUUAUUGCAGAUGAUGAUGCUUUAAUAUCGAUUCAUACGAGUCAUCAUUAUGUGGAUACGAAUGAAGAAGCAGCUAUUGUUGCAUUACAAGCUGGUGUUAAUUUAGAAUUAUCUGAUUCACCGGGCGCAACAAUGUUUGAAUUAUUACAUCAAGCCUAUGAUGAAGGAAAAAUCGAUGCUGAAAUAUUAAUUGAACGUGUUAAACCAUUAAUGUAUACACGCAUGCGUCUGGGAGAAUUUGAUCCUAUCGAAAUGAAUGAUUAUAAUAAAAUCUCUAUGGAUGUAAUACAAUCUGAUUUACAUCGAAAUUUAGCACGACAAACAACACUUCAAUCAUUUGUUUUACUUAAAAAUCAAGAAGAUCUAUUACCAAUUCGUAAUCGAAAACAAUUUCCUAAUGUACUUUUCCUGGGACCUAUGUCGAAUAAUCCUGUACAACAAUAUGGUGAUUAUUCUCCUAUUGUUAAUGCAUAUUAUGUAACAACGCCAUUAAGUUCAUUACAAGAUAGUUUUUUCAAUACUAGCUAUAAUGAAGCUUGUUUAGAUGGAGCACGUUGUUUACAAUAUAAUCAAACAGAUACAAUAAAUUAUUUAAAAGAUAAUUAUUUUGAUUUAAUUAUAUUAUCGUUAGGUACAGGACAAGAUAUUGAAUCCGAAGGAAAUGAUCGUGCAACAAUGGAUUUACCUAAUAAUCAAUCACAAUUACUUGAAGAUGUUCUUAGAACGCUUGAAGGACGUAAAACAAAAAUUCUUCUAUUCAUUAUAUCUGGUACUCCACUUGAUAUUCAAUUAGCUCAAGAAUCAAACCAAAUACAAGCAAUAUUACAUUUAGGUUUUGGUGCACAAGAAUUAGGUGAAGCACUUCGAUUGGCCAUUAUUGAUGAUGGAAUUUCUAAAUUUGGCCGACUACCUUAUACAUGGCCAAAAAAGUUAAGCGAUUUACCAGGUGAUAUAACACGAUAUGAUAUGACAAGUGGUUUCACUUAUCGAUAUUCAAAUGUUGAACCACUUUAUCGAUUUGGCUAUGGUUUAUCUUAUUCUAGUUUUUUCUAUUAUGAUCUCAGUUUUAAUGCAACAAACAUACAGUCAGGUGAUGGCCUCACAAUUUAUUUUACGAUUAAAAAUACGGGUGAUCGAAUAUCAGAUGAAAUUGUUCAAGUUUAUUUAAGUAUACAUUUAAAAAAUACAUCGUUAUCAAAUGUAUCACGCGCACAAUUAGUUGAUUUCGAACGUUUGUCAGAUAUAAACCCAUCGGAAAUUAUUCUUUAUCAAACUAUUAUAAGCCGAGAACAAAUGGCUGUUUAUAUUGAUGGAAAAGGUUUUCUUAUUGUUCCAGCUACGUUAGAAUUUAAAAUAGGAGAUUUUAUUCAACCAUAUCUAUCUGGAAAUGUAACUAUUGAUGGUGAAUUUUAUUAUGCUGGUCAAUACAUUUCCUAUGCAAGUACAUAG